AAAUGUCUGAAAUAUGUCAGGUAUGCAUGUAAUCGAACAACGCGCGCAAUGUAAUAAGGUGCCAAUCGAAUCUCGCCGGGAUAGUGCAGCUCGCUUCCCUUUCCUGCCGCCGAAGCGCUGGAGUCAGUCUGUAUCGUCCGUGCUUGUUGCAACAUGUUAGCGGCCUUUCACAACGAGUUAAAUUUAAUUUUAAAAAAUAAAUUUGAAUUCGCGGAUAAUUUAGCAAUGGAUUAUAAAAAUGGGCUUGUCCCAGACACCAAUAACUUCGCUGCAGUAACGGCACUGUUAACAUUGUGCACCAACCUUAAGGAAGAAUUCAACAAGAAAAUAGAGGCAUAUGAUCGUCGUUUUCAAAGAACCGAAAAACAACUUUGGUCAGAGGAGAGAAUUGAAGAAGUAAUGAAUGUGAUUAAAGCUGGUAAGGCAUCCAGGGAUUUAGGAUUACGUCGGACAUCCCAAGAAAUUUUCUGGAUGAAAAGAUGCGACGUAAUGAGAAAAGAUAAAGAAGAUUUUUUGAUAUUUAAAUCGGGGUCGAGAAAGGAAAAACCAAUACGCAUUGUGCCCAAAGAACAGUUUUUCGACAUCGUGGCAGAUGCUCAUAAGAAAUCCAACCACGGUGGGCGCCACCGAGUAGCAAUCGCGAUAAAAAAGAAAUAUUUCAUACCGAAGAAUGUCAUUCGGCUGUAUGUGUCCAUGUGUCCUGGCUGCCAAGCGAAUCGACUGCUGGGUAAAAGUAACGCUUCCUUGCACCCCAGCGGAUCUCAGUUUAAUGAGAAGGGAAUAGUAAAUCUGAUAAAUUUUAAAUACUUCCCUGAUGGCGAAUACAAAUGGCUGUUGAGUUACCAAGAUGUUGCCACAAAGUUUAUAAAUCUGCGACCGCUUAAGACAAUCAUGCCCGCUGAAGUGACCUCUGAAUUAAUGAAGAUAUUCUUGACAUUCGGAGCUCCGAAAAUUUUGCAAGUUGAUUUGGAGAGUUUCUUCAUGCUACAGGUAAAGCAAGAAAUAACUGGGAUGUGGCCAAAUUGUCAAGUUGUGCCCAAAAGUAGCUCCAAGCUAUACGAGUGUGAGAGGCAGGAGCUAGAAUAUGUGAUGCAUACCUGGAUGACCAGGAAUGAAACUACCAAGUGGUCUGUCGGGUGCUAUUUCGUCCAGCACAAUAAAAACAACUCGACCAUACGAGCUUUGGGCAACACGCCGUAUAAAUCGACAUUUGGUUGUGAGCCCCGAGCGGAAUUCUGCGUUUCUAGCAUUCCUCCUCACUUACUUAAAAAUAAUGAAGGCAAUCUAAUUGCUACAAUAAAAAAAGAGCCAAAAAAAGAUUCAAGCCAAAAAAUGGAAUAAAGAUAAUUUGUAAUACGCUCCAUGGAAUUUGUUCUUAUCUAUUCAAAUGAGCAAAAUAUAUACAGGAAAUCGAAAAUAUUAUUUUUAUAGGUAGUGAUUGCAAGUAUUUAUUUAUCGUCGAAGGAGUAAUACUGAGUAAGUUAAUCGUUGUCCAAACGGUGAUACAGUGGAUAUUUCUUAACAUUCUCGUAUGUUGUACUUAAUGUUUUAUAAAUAGGAUUAAGUACGUAGUGCCAAAAAAGGCGUAGUGUACAAUAGAAAUUCUUCGACAAAGAUACUACACACCAAAGUUUACAUUGAAUAUUUGGUGUGUUGUACUUUUCUUAAUUAAAUUAAAAUCUAAAUGUGUAGGUAUCCUCAAUUAUAUAUAUCCUAAUGUGGUGGCGUGGUCCAGUUUUCAAAGUAAAAAAGACUAUUAAAAACACCUAGAUAUAUUAUUUUUCUGAAUCAAUUAAUUUAUUUGAUUGAGUCUUUUCCCAUUUUAACUUGCUGUCAUUUAUAUUUGCCGUUCCCUUUGUCUGUAAUAGAAUUUUACUAGUUAAAUUUGACCUACUUUCCGGUUUCCGAUAGAGCUGAAAUUUUCCAAGCGCGUGUGUCUUUUGUGACAAUUCAGUAUUAUGAUGCGAUGUAUCUGAUCUGAUGAUAUUGGGAGAUGGUUAUACACAGAACACCAACGAAUUUGGGCUAGUUUGAUUUUGACUAAUUUAAUUCUUACAAAGCAUGAACUUAAAAAAAAAUACAAAUCUUAGUAUUAUUUAUCUGUAAUUAAGAACAUUUCGGAAAACAGAGUAUUUUUAGUUUGAAUGUAAAAAACUAAAUUUUAUACCCAUCUCUGAAGACUGCGUUUUCAAUUAUAAAUCUUUUAUUAUUUUUAUGAAUCUAUCGACUUUACUAUAGGCAGUUGAAUUUGUGCUAAAAUAUUUUUUAUGUACCUAUACUCCCCGUAGGUUAAGAGACCUAGCCGCCAUUUUAAUCAUGUACAAUGACAGUUUUUGACUUUUUAAUUGUGAGCAUAUUGUGUCGUUUUAAUACUGCUGUUGACGUCAUUUUCCAUUGACACGACAUUCCUGUCUUAACUUCUUAUAGUGUAUUUUUGAGGUGUUAAUGGUUGUUUCGGAUAACAUUGUUCUAUAACUAAAUCAUUUAGGGCCGAUUUUUCAAUCAACUUUUAAUUUUUCAAUUAACAUAUUUUCUAUACAAAAGCUGUCAAAACUUAAUAUAAUAUUGUUAGAUGUCUAUUGUUACUGGAUAUUUCCGAAACGGCUCGUAAUCUUUUGGCAAAUUGUGAACAAAUUAAUUUCACUGUAUCCAAAUGCUUUGGAACCCCUAUACAGUAAUUAUAAUUAUAUAAAGUGUUAAGCCCUUGUUAUUAUAAUAUCAUGUUAGGAGUAGGAUUUAAUUAAAAAAAGUCGUCUAAAUGAUAUUCGAUCUAAUUGUUUUUUGGGGACACAGGUAUGACUUCUUUACCGUACUUUUGGAAGUGACCAGGGCCACGAUUCUGCUAUUUUACAACGGCGGAUGA